AUGCUGUACACCAACAUGAUAGUGAAUGUGACGAUACACCACUGCGCCGACACGGUGGGUGGUCUCAGCCUGGCCGUUUACCAGCUGGUGCUGCUGUUCGGGGCGCCGGGCGUGCUCAUGCUCUUCUGCUACAGCUGCGUCAUUGUCGAACUCUGGAAGAGCACGCGCAGCAUGCAGGUCCUCACCAACAGCAUCAGCACAAACAGAAUUUCCAGCCGUCAAGAGAACACAUUGGCAGCCUCACAAAGCAGCAGACACACAGUGACUAGAAGACGAAACAGGGCUGACACAGCACGCGCCACAAGGAAGCAGGUCAUCAAAAUGCUGAUUUUGGUAGUAGUACUUUUCCUCCUAUGUUGGGGACCAAGAAUAAUAAUGAACAUGCUUACUAAAAUUGGUCUACAAAGUUUUACUCCAACUGAGUACACAAUGAGGGUUGUGUUCAACAUCCUGCCAGUCAUUCAUGCUUGCUUUAAUCCAGUUGAGGCAUGA